AUGGCGACAUCGCAACUCAUCGCGACACGCUACAUGGACCUUAUAAGCGAGGGGAGGGUUGGGGAUGCAUUGACCUACUUAUCGGAUGACGUGGUAUACAAUACGUGGAUGGGUGUUGUGUACGGCAAGGAAAAUGUAGAAGUAUUUCUUCGUGAUAACGUUCGCUUUGUACACCACGGACGUAACUACAAUCGCUGGAAGCAAGUACAACACAGCCUAGAUCCCACUCUUAGGCAGUACACUCUGUCUGAGGGCGGUGAUUUGUCGGCACUGAGUUCUGUAGAGUUUGGUGGACAAGUGGUGCGGCGUUACUUCAACGCGGAUGGCUACGACUCGCAGGGGUACGCCACAUUUGAGAGGGAUGGGACGGUGGCUUCACACGCGAAGUUUGCCGUCUUCCACGUGAGGGUGAAGGAGACCGUUGUUCUGCGAAACAAUAAGGUUGUGCUGGUGAAUGUGUCCAAACGAGUGUGA